AUGAACACCCAGUGGGCCAAAAUGAUGGAGGCGUGGGCCGAUUACCAGGAGUUGCCUGUCGCAUCAGUCUUUUUCAAACUUGGUGAUCGCAUCCUUGUUCCGAUGGAGUCUCCUGGAGAUUGCGGAUUAACCCCAGAGCGUGGAGUGUUCACGAUUCAUGCACACCCGUGUGAAGAGGUAACAGAUGAGGAAGCGGAAGAGGAGGAGCGAAACACACGUGCUGAGGUCGCCAGAUGGAAGAAUAGCCAAAAGAAGAAACGGAAAAAAGACAGGCAGGAGCAGAUUGAGUUCAUUUCUGAGUUUUGA